CUUUAUUACAUGAUGAGAUAUUAUCAUUACGUUGGACGAUUUUGUUCAAACAGCAUCACCGGAAUUGAAACCACGAAAUUGAAACAAGGCUAAGGCGAGAAACGGAAGCAAUGUUGACAAACAAAGCUUUCUUGUUACUUAUAAUCUUAACUGCAGCAGCAGAGGGUGAGUAUGGAAGCCAUAUAGUCGCUAUUUACUGUCAACUAUUUCAAGGUAGGAUCCCUCCAAUAGGCGAGUAUCAUUCAUGGUGGGUUAAGAUAUUCAAAGAUAGUUUCGCUUUAUUAACUGAGUCGAAAAUUUAAAUUGAUCCCCUUAAAGAGUUUCAAAUUUGUUUUUCGAGGGUUAGCCCUAGCUUUGCUAUUCGCUCUGACGAAGGGCUCACGUCAGCUUGAAAAACUCUUUAUGGCAGCUAUUCAUGUUACAAAACCGAAUUAUCCCGUUAUAUUCCCCCACCGACGCAGCAUAACAGUUUCUUUAGAAACUUACCCCGGUAAUAGCAUACUCUACUAAUGAUCCAACGUUUUUUAGGUAUUUCUCAGUCUCAUGAUUGAAGGAAAGUUACCAAGACUAUUUAUUUGGAUACAAACGUUUUUCUCUUUAUAUAAUCAAGAGUGAGUCUGCCGCUCAAGCGUAAAGAAGCGUGACUUAUUUGCAGAUAAACAAUACUUAUUGGUAUGGUUUGCUUGGUCGUUUGCAUAAAUUUGAUUUUCAGUUCCAGAUAUAGCUGUCGACUGAGGUUUAACCUCUACCUAAUCAGCGAUCUCUAGAAAAUUUUUUUCCAUUAUUAUGAGCAUUUAGUAACUCAUGCUCACAUUCAUAACAACCUUAUUUAUCCUCAGUAAGUUGUCGGGCAACGAGAAUGUAUUUAUGAGUAAAGGACUUACUGGCUUCAGAUAUCGGAACUUUAGUUCUUAUAUCACUUUAAAUAUUAUUUCUUGUCCACGUCACUAUAAUUUGCAUUCGAAAGGGAAGAUAUUGCAUUAUUUUUUAGUACUGUAAUCAGAAAACGAGCUUGUUGUACAAUACGCAAACGUGCUACUUAAAUAAGUCUCAAAGUAAUAAAAUUGGUUCACGUGAAUUACAAAUUCCAGAAAAUGAAUAAUCAUCUUGAUCCACGUAACUAUGAAUUUGUAAAAUAUUUUGGGGCAAGGUACCACGUUAACAUUUAAAUGAACUUUCGGUCAAGUCAAAUUUUACAGACGCAAGUAUUUGAGAUCGAAUGAAAAGUGCUACUUACUCACAAUACGCCGCAGACAAAGCCUCCAAGGUUACUUUUUAAAUGAGUAUAAGCACAUUGAACUCUUAUAAGAGACAAGGUCAGAAGUAAGCAGACUCUACAUUAGAAGACUAUCUCAGGGACUGUGACACCCCAUUGAUUCUCUCCUUCAUUCCCUGUAAGAUGUGGGCAAAGGGGGGUUCCAAUCACACAUCACGCUAAAUUUUUCUAUUAAGUCACGCAUCUUGGAGAAUUUUUUUAACUAAUCACCUAUCACGAAAAAAAGGAGUAAAUACUCUAGGCUAGUAUUGUAUGGACGUAAGAUUUCAACCUUUCGGAUAUAUUAUUAAAAAUGAUAAUGCAUCCAACGUUUUUUGUCUUGGAAUGACUUGCCUUUCACUUUUCAAAUUGCUUUUUUUAGACAAAUAAGGACGACUUACUUGUUAAAACCAGACGCUCCGAGAGUGUUUACUCGGGCUUAGUAUCGUAAUAUCAUGUCCUACUUUACAAGUAUCAAACACAGUAAAAACAAAUUAAAGAAUCAGGAUAUUUAACACAAGAGUUGAGCUUAUUCAAGUUGCUUCGUUGUGUAUCCUCUUCAUCCAAUGGCUUGUUGUUUGCCUCACCUUUGAAGUUCUGUUCACGAAGAUUUCUGAUUUUUUUAAAUUUAACAUUUGAGUUGUUCGUCUGGGCGUCAUAGUCAUCAUAGUUUGUUGUUUAAUAAGUCAGUAGUCGUAGUUUUGACAUUGCUUUGAACUCAUGUAUGGCUCAUCUCGUGUGAAGUAGUAUAAACUUUGUUAAUUUGGCUAUCUUUCAAUAUGCAGCCACUUGUGGCUUUUAGAGUCUUGCGUGCGAAUUGAGGAGACGCGUACGCCACCUUAACUAUUCUUUGAUACACGGGCAAUAUUCAUGUUAAAGCGUUGCCCAACCCCCUUCCGUGCGGCACUGUCCUUAUGUCAGUAAAGGAUAUAACGUGGUUUUUGAAUUCGUUUAGGUCAUUAUGACGACCUUUGUGUAUCACUAACUGGCACGCAAAAUUUUUCCUUAAGUACUGGCUUAUUGCUUGCUUUACCAUAUUCUCGGACGGCAUAAAAUGACAUCAAAACUCUAACGACUUUUACCGUUUGAGCCACUGUUUGGCUCGAUCUUUCAUUCGAUGGAUUCGGAUAUUUUCUGGUCUUUCUGAAUACGAUCUGACGCACUACCACGACCAAUAAUACUGGAGGUCAUAGUCCUUGUGCAAUGUUAACCAUAUUAACUUAUGCGCAUUGUGAUACGAUUGUUUGGAUCUACCACGCAGAUCAAAGACAUCAAAGGUCAAUAAAAGGUCAGCAAAGGACGGAAAAGACCAGAAAUCAAUGUCACGGAUUAUUGACCUUUGUUAAGACUCUAUUUACUUUAAAUAAUUGGGAUCAUUUUAUGUCAAAGAGCAUUCACUUAUUACGGAAAUCUAAUUAGUAAGUCUUGUAAAUCACGAGUCACGCGCUUGUAAAAUAGCAAAUCACGCAUCACGUUGUGAUGUCCAAUCCCGCGUCACGCCGAUAAUUUGGAUUCAAUCACGCGUCACCCGGCAAAUUUUGGGGCCAUCACGCGUGGCGCCAAAACUUUUGCCACCCUCCUAAAUUCAAAACGCUCAGGUAUUUUUACUCUAUAUAUCAGUGUAGAAAUCUAUCAGUACCAGAUAAAUAAGGUCUAGUGCUAGCAGUAAUGAGAAUUAGGCUCGUCAAAUGCGCCAGAAAAGUAGGAAUUUUGUUUGACACAGGAAUGUCUAUCACUACCCCUGUCUCCAAGGCACAGCAUCUGUCUGAGGGCAGUCAAUGUGUGAUAAUGCGUGCCUUUCUCACAUGUGCCUCAUGACUCGAAUACUGUAACAGCUUAAUAUAUGGACUUCCAAAUAUAAAUAUUUUCCCAGCUAUAGGUGCCCGAGUGCCGCUAUUAGAAUUAUCAUGAACUCAUCCCAAGAACUCGCUCUCGGGCAAGCUCUCUAUAUGAGCCUUUAGUGGCAGCCCAUUACAUAUGGCAUUAAGUCUAUGAUUUUUUUUCCUACCUUUAAAUCAAUCCAUGGACUGGCGCUAUUUUACUUAAGUAAUUUGACUCAAAUUAGAUAGAGGAGCUGAUACUGGUUUCACUAUUUUUGGAAGUUCUGCGUGAGACACUUCAUCCAAUACUUGGCGGUACCUCUUUCACUUUCGCUUUAUCGGCUUCAUGGAAUACGAUGCCGAUGUGCCAAAAUACUGACAUUCCAUCUCUUCGUUAUCUUUACUUCUACAGGUUUCUUAUUUAAAAGGAAACCCUCAAGGGUAUGCCAUGGGAAAUACGGCUGCUUCAAUAAACACCCUGGAGUUCGUUGGGGGUUUCUCAGCAUCAGUGCAAAAUUACCACAAAGCCCAUCUGAUGUUGGUACUAAAUUUACCAUGUUCACCAGAAAUGGGUCUGGGGAAGUUGAUGAUGUUGGAGUAAGUAGACUGAGGGCGGCUAAGUUCAACAUCACGCGACGAACUAUCUUCGUGAUUCAUGGAUGGAGGGGUAAGUACCACGAAUGCCUGCAGCUAAAGCCCUUAAACCUGGGAUCUGCAUGGGUUGUAAUAUCUGGGGAGGAGAACAUCAACUUGGGUGUUCACUAUCCCACAUUGAGUGGCAGAUGAAUAAACUGGUAAUGGAAAGGUUUGAUAUUUGAUCCCUUCCCCUCGUAAAAGUUUACGAAGCUUUCUGACUCAUUCCCCCAGAAGGAGUUCAUUCCAUACGUCAAUUGCGAGACCUUUAGAAUUUAACAUUUUUCAAUCAAGUUUUCGGGAAACAAGUAUGGAUACAUUAUUAAACAGUCCUCGGCCACUGAUUUUGCUCCCGCACACAUCUCACGCUUAUUCACUUCUGUAAGAGAAACAAUGACUAAAGAGUUGAUAUCUCUCUCUCUCAUACACCACAUCAAAUCUAGAUAAUACAAAAGGCUGGGCCACACGAAUGAAAAACGCACUGAAGAACCGAGUGGACUGCAAUGUAAUUUUGGUGGACUGGUCCAAGGGAGCAAAUAGAGAUUAUUUCCAGUCUGCUGGAAACACUCAACUUGUGGGGGCUCAGGUGGGAGAGCUUAUAAGGUUCCUGAUCUCCAGUGCCCCUGGGUCACCUAACUCGGUCGACAAGUUUUAUGUUAUAGGAUUUAGCCUUGGUGCUCAAGCGGCAGGAUAUGCUGGAACUUAUCUGAAGGAUGAAGCCAGUAUGAUACUUGGCCGUAUUACAGGUAGUUCUGGAAAAAAAAUUUCUACAUACCAUGGAUGUCUUAAAUUCCUUCAGCCAUCUCCAGCAAAAUUUGUUGUUGACUUGGUAACGAUCACAGGCAAAAAAAUUCAAGAUUCGUAACUUAAAACUUAGCCACGAGCAGAAGCUUUGCAAAAUAUGUGAAACACUUUGUCUGAUAUGUAAGUUUUCGUUUAGUCCACAUGUGCUUAAAAGUCCUGUUCAAAUAUCCUUCUUGUUCACCGUUCUUCCCAUUUGGUUGGGAAACCAUCAGUGAAGGACUGCUUUUACCUGUGUAUUCAUUCAAGCCCUCGAACUGACUCAAACUUGACUUUGGAACGACCCUGACUGCCUUUUCUCUUCUUAGGAUUAGAUCCAGCCGGGCCCCUUUUUACCGAUGUCGGAGAUGCUCGCUUCCGAUUGGAUCCAAGUGAUGCUAAAUACGUUGACGUCAUACUCACUGACAUGCCACAGAAGGGUGGAUUAGUCGGUUUCGGGAUGCGUAAGGAGGCUGGCCAUGCAAACUUUUUUCCAAAUGGAGGCGUCCGACAGCCCGGCUGUAAACAAAAUCUUGCGAAGCUGGGUACGUUUCUAUACAUUACAAUAGACAUAGAAUAUUCCUCGAGAGAUCCAAACUUCAGGAGGUUUCAGGAGGUGUCAAUUUCAGAUUCAUAUCCUUCGGGGGCAAAUUUUGUGAUAUUAUUCCUUAUUAAAUUUUUUUUUUAAGAAAAACCUGCCACUUGACGUCAGUGAGGUUCUCAGCUCGGUUUAAUCCUUAGAAGCGCAUAUUGUGACAGUUACUGAAAGGGAAAAAAGCAGGUGUUUUGGUCACUUGAGCAUUCUUAUUUACGCUCGAUUGGAAUUCAUUUGCUAACAAAAAGUCAAAAUGGCGAACAUAAUAACAUAAACUGGCCAUAAUCCUUUUUUUUUCGUAUCUUUGCCAUCCUUUCUUUCCAUUUUGGCACAGGGUAUGUUUUGGUUUGUUUUAGAUCUGCAUUACUUUCUUAUUUUCGAGUAACUAUUUAAAACGAGUGGUAAAGUGCCUUUCAAUAGCCUUUUCACAAAUCAACCUGAUCACGAAAACAAAAAAAAGUCGGAAAAAGGAAGAAAUUUUGGAAAUAGGCGAUGAGAACCCAAAGGAAAUGCAGGUAAGCGGCACAGGUCAGACAGGAAUUUAAAACACUCAACUAAAAUGAUUUUUCUUUCUUUAGCUAUCUUCCAGACAGUGAUCUGUGACCAUAUGAGGGCUCCAGAAUACUACAUUGCUUCAGUUCAAAACAAUUGCUCCUGGAAAGCGUUUCCAUGCCACAGUCUCUCAGACUGUGAGGCAGGAAAGAACACGACAUGCGAUGGUAAAUGCCCCUCCAUGGGAUAUGACGCCGACAAAACAGAUCUAACUGGCAAUUAUUAUCUAAAGACAAAUAGCAACCCUCCAUUUUGUGGUAUGUUGGUGUUUAUUUUGUUCUUCCACAUGGUUUUGCAACACCAUUGGUUAGGCUCAGAUUAUGUGUUCAACUUCCAGUCUAAGUCGUAUUGUAACCAUACAUAAAUUUGAGCGCUGAUUGCGUUAACCGAAGUUUGCCGUAAUUACUUUAUGUUAUCGUAGAUGCUGUCUGUUUUCUGUCUUUGUUCUUUUACUUUGCAUUUUCCUUGAUCUCUAUAUAUCAUGAGCGCAAUCAUGAGCGCAAUCAUGAGCGGAGUGCGGGUGGUACCUGACCAACUGAUUCCCAAGGAAAGCAAUUGCAGAUAGUGAGGUUUGAAAAUGAAUCCAGGCUUUUGCGGGCCUUUACCCAUUCCUCCCAAAGGGCAGUAUAACGCCAUCACUAACUGGAUUGCGAAGGCACUUGCGAUUGUCUGGGCUUGCAAUUGGAUAAGAAAGAUAAAAUUCUUCAUGGUUGGAACGUGAAGUUAUAUGCUUAGGGUUUUUUUUCCCUAUGAAAAAGGAUCACUCCACUAUGACAGAGUGGAGACAACCUUAACAAACUAUUUUUUUCCUUUUCGGUUCGCUAGGGUUG